UAAAUAGCCGUUAAACCGAAAUGUUGGCCUUCCCUCCCCUCCCGCACACUCCAACCAGAAAAAACCCCGAAGCUUCCAUACUAUGGCUUCCCCUCUGACACUCUCUCUCUUUCUCUUUCUCAUUCGCAGCCCAAAACAGCGGAAGAAGAAAUUGCUGAAUUAAAGGAUGGGGAGUAGGAUUCCAGUUCAACACUACAAUAAUUCCUUCAUAGCUACUUCUCUUCAUGAUCUCAACACCGUUGAUUCUCGCCCUUCUGACAUCGACGCCGUUGAUGCUGCUGACGCCUUGGAUCACCAUGAUCACGACCACCACGAUUCCGCUGCUGUUGAGUGUAUGCAUGAAUCUUAUAGAAAUUCUUUACCAAUUCACGGCGUUGGAGCGGAGGAAGAAGAUCGAUCUAGCUUAGACAAUAGCGAAUCUUCCAGAGGAGCUUUCAAUAUUUUGACAAUUGAAGAUGUUUCGCCUAUGGAAUCAGCAAGAGCCAGAUUUCUGCAAAUCAUAGUGGAUCAUUUUAUUAAUGACCAUGUGAUUGAGGUGGUUGAUAAUGAGUCAUCUGCUGACUAUAAUACUCAGUCAGGACAAGACAAACUCAAUAAGAGAAAGACAAGAGAUAUACAAUAUGAGGGGGAUCCUAGGUUUGCUUUGCCCUUAAUGUAUGUUGCCAAUCUCUAUGAAACUUUAGUUAAUGAUGUAAACAUGAGGAUUGCUUCCUUGAAUGGAAUUCGCGAUAAGACCAUUGGGGUAGCCCUUGAAGCUGCUGGUGGUUUGUACAGAAGGUUGGCUAAAAAAUUUCCUAAAAAAGGUUCUUGUAUAUAUAAAAGAAGGGAACUCGCAACUUCUCUGGAAACAAGGACAAGGUUUCCAGAAUUAGUUAUACAAGAAGAGAAGCGAGUUCGCUUCGUGGUAGUCAAUGGUUUGGAUAUUGUUGAGAGACCAAAUAAUGUGCCUAUUGAAGAUGCUGAGUGGUUUAAACGACUGACAGGUCGGAAUGAGGUUGCUAUCUCUGCUCAAGACUAUAAGUUUUAUUCUCCAAGGCAUAAGUACAGGCGUGUUCCAUCAAACACAGUAUCCAACAUCUCUGCUUUGCCUACAUUCUCUGGCACUGAUAGUUCUUCUCCAAUGUCUACCCCUCAAGGGUUUCACACCGUCAAUGAAAAUCAGCAGCAGACUCCUUCCAAGCAUCAUAUACCACCACUGUCGCAUCAGCCCCAGUUUCAUCCUAUUCAUCAGAACCAUCAUCAACCAGUUCACCAAAAUCAGCAUACAGCUCAUUUUCCCCAGAAUCAUCAAUGUGGUCCGCCGUCACACUUACCUGAAAUUAGUCAUGCGCACCCAUCAUCAACCAUGUCUCAACACAUAGCUUGCUUACAACCCCUAGCAGGGGGGCAUGUUGGAGCACGUUUGCAUGUUAUGCCUACGAGCCCAGCAAAAUUCUGUGAUGAAUGUGGGGCGCCAUAUCUGAGGGAAACAUCCAAGUUUUGCUCAGAAUGUGGUAUAAAGAGGUUAGGGAUAUGAUGGAGUUGGUAUGCUGUAUCCGAAGACCCAAAGUCAUAGUGAUCUUCUUUAAUUAUACUGUUUGAUGUUGAAUUUUGGAUCUUUCCCCCCUAAUCUGCAAAUAUCAUCCAGUCAUGUAAAUAAGUAGUUUGUCCCCAAGGAGAUACACCCAGCAGUUAGAACUUCAAGGGACUUUAAACAGGUUCAAAUUUGUUCGGUUUUGUGGGGCUUUCCUUUUGUACAAAAGAAUGUAAUUAAGCACAUUUGGUCUGGCAUAGAAAGCCAAGGGCAUAUAAACUAUUUGAAAUGGUUAAUUCUUAAGGAAACCUAUAUUUUGUUCCGUAAGGUUUGGGGAAAAAAUUACAGUCCAGUCCCCAUUCGAAGUGUAAGGGGAUUUCAAUGAAACCUAUGUGGUCCAUGAAGUAGCAGCAUGGGCAUCUUGUUGUAA